UUUUAUGUAGGUUCGUCGGUGCUUGAAAUGAAUAUUGGUAGCUACCAACUCUUAAUUUCUAGUUACAUGUGAUUAAUUCAUCUGCAUAUAUAUCAGCAGAUAUACAUAUCAGAAAAUAUAAACACUUUCACUAGAUAUAUAUAUACUCUAAAGAUGAGUACUAAUUCGGGUGAUGAUACUACUAACCUAAUUCAAGCUCAAGCACACAUAUGGAAUCACAUCUUCAACUUCAUAAACUCAAUGUCUCUUAAAUCUGCUAUUCAACUCGGAAUCCCCGACGCGAUCCACAACCAUGGCAAACCGAUCUCUCUAUCUCACCUCAUUGCCUCCUUACAAAUCCACCCAACCAAAUCCCGUUGCAUCGCUCGUCUUAUGCGCAUUUUGAUCCAUUCCGGUUUUUUCGCUAGCGAAAAGCUCAACGAAUUGGAUCGUGUCAAUGACGAAAAGGAAGAAGAAGGUUAUGUUUUGACGAAUGCAUCUCGGCUACUUCUUAAGGAUAACCCGUUGAGUGUGAGUCCGUUCUUGCUAGCCAUGCUUGAUCCAAUUUUAACAGAUCCAUGGCAUUUUAUGAGCACUUGGUUUCAGAAUGAUGAUGCUACUCCAUUUGAUACUUGCCAUGGAAAGACAUUUUGGGAGUAUGGUGGUCAUGAACCAAAGCUCGCCAAUUUCUUUAAUGAAGGUAUGGCAAGUGAUGCUAGAUUGGUGACUAGGAUUCUGAUUAAUGAAUGCAAAGAAGUAUUUGAAGGAUUGAAGUCAUUGGUGGAUGUUGGAGGUGGAACUGGAACUAUGGCUAUCUCCAUAGCUAAAGCAUUUCCUCACAUAGAUUGCAUUGUGUUUGAUCUUCCUCACAUUGUUGCUGGUUUUCAAGAUUUUGACAACUUGAAAUAUGUUGGGGGUGACAUGUUUCAUGCAAUUCCUCAGGCAGAUGCUGUUUUACUGAAGUGGAUUUUGCACGAUUGGAGUGAUGAAGAAUGUGUGAAGAUACUUAAACAAUGUAAAGAAGCAAUUAAGGGUAAAGAAGGAGGAAAAGUGAUAAUUAUAGAUAUAAUUAUGGGACACCAAACUACAGGGACUAACAAAGACUCUAUUGAAACACAGCUCUUCUUUGAUAUGCUUAUGAUGGUUUUGCUUACUGGUCGAGAAAGAAAUGAAAAAGAAUGGGCUAAUCUGUUUAUUAAUGCUGGUUUUAGAGACUAUAAAAUUAUUCCUACAUUGGGUUUAAGAUCUAUUAUUGAAGUUUAUCCUUAAUUAUUCCUACCUUGUAAUCAUUUCAUGGAUGAUGAUAAUGAUUUGGUUCAACCAAGUUCUUUAAUUUGAUA